AUGUGGAGUGACUUGGAGUUACAAGACAAUCAACUUUCCCAUUGUAUCCACAGAACCCAAGAAAAUCAGACUGCUGGAGUGAAAUUCAUCCUCCUGGGUUUCUCAGAAUAUCCAGAGCUCCAGGUGCCCCUGUUCCUGUUCUUCCUGACCAUCUACACAGUCACUGUGCUGGGCAACACGGGCAUGAUCCUGGUCAUCAGGGUCAACCCCAAACUCCACACCCCCAUGUACUUUUUCCUCAGUCACUUGUCCUUCAUUGAUUUCUGCUACUCUACUGUGGUGACUCCCAAACUCUUAGAAAACUUGGUGAUGGAAGACAGAACCAUCUCCUUCCCAGGCUGCAUCCUGCAGUUCUUCUUUGCAUGCAUAUUUGUGGUGACAGAGACAUUCAUGUUGGCAGUGAUGGCCUAUGACCAAUUGGUGGCUGUGUGCCAUCCUCUCCUCUACACAGUUGCAAUGUCCCAGAAGCUGUGUUCUUUGUUGGUGGCCACUUCAUACUCUUGGAGUAUAGUCUGUUCUUUAACAUUCACAUACUUUUUGUUGACCUUGUCUUUUUGUGGGACUAAGUUUAUAAAUAAUUUUGUCUGUGAACAUGCUGCCAUUGUUGCUGUGUCCUGCUCUGACCCCUCUGUUAGCCAGAAGAUCCUUUUUGUCUUUGCCACAUUCAAUGAAAUAAGCAACCUGGUGAUUUUUCUUGCUUCCUAUAUUUUCAUUUUCAUCACUGUCAUGAAAAUGCCUUCAACCGGGGGGCGCUACAAAGCCUUCUCCACGUGUGCUUCCCAUCUGACCGCCAUUACUAUCUUCCAUGGGACCAUCCUUUUUCUCUACUGUGUCCCCACCACCAAGAAUUCGUGGCUCAUGGUCAAGGUUGCCUCUGUCUUUUACACAGUGGUCAUCCCUACGCUUAACCCCCUGAUCUACAGCCUCAGGAACAAAUAUGUGAAGGAGGCAGUUAGGAAGUUAAUCAAUACCCAAUUAUUUUGUCAUAAAAUAUGA